GGCCCGCUGUCCGCUCGGGAGCACAUGCUGCAGGGCGCCUGAGCCUGGGGGGGUCGACGAGAGGCGGACAGGCGGAGAAGCGGGUGGAGGCUCUUGCUGCGAGUAAAUGACUCGCUGAGGCUGCGGCUGCGGCUGCGCGAGGCAACGAUGCGGAGCGACUCGGGCUCCCCGGUGUCUCCGGAGGAGAGUCUCAGCAACAGCGAGGAGGAGCUCGACAGGCAGCAGCAGAGGAGAUGCCGGAGGAAGAGGCGCUCCGGCAGGAGAAGUGAGGAGGACUCCGGGAGCCCGGUUCCUGCUGGGAAGAGGGGAAAGAAGUCGAGCAACAGCAGCAGCAGCAACAGCAACAGCAGCAGCAGCAGCAGCAGCAGCAGCAGCAGCCCGCAGUCGCUGGAGGAGCUGCAGACGCAGCGCGUGAUGGCGAACGUGCGCGAGCGGCAGCGCACGCAGUCCCUGAACGAGGCGUUCGCGGCUCUGCGCAAGAUCAUCCCCACCCUGCCCUCGGACAAGCUGAGCAAGAUCCAGACCCUCAAACUGGCGGCCAGGUACAUCGACUUCCUCUACCAGGUGCUGCAGAGCGACGAGCUGGACUCUAAAAUGUCGAGCUGCAGCUACGUGGCGCACGAGCGGCUGAGCUACGCCUUCUCCGUGUGGAGGAUGGAGGGCGCCUGGUCCAUGUCAGCAUCUCACUGACGUCUGGGGAGGGGGGCGUCCUGGAGCAGCACCAUGCACCGUGGUGACACCGAUUCCACUCAUCUCUGCGAGGGGCCACUCUGGAGUCGGAUGCUGGAUAUGUGCACAGCUGCAAUAUUUUCUGGAAGUUCAAAAACACGAGCGGUGAAAAUACGAGUGAGAAGGCCAAAGACUAUAGGAGCUGUAGCGCCUGGAGAGCACUUAGAAAAAAGUCCGACAUCCAAGAGAGUCGCGUGCUUUUGUACUCUUUACGCGCUUUUCACUGAAAUGUAUGUUUUUUUUUUUUUUCUCUGACAGCGAAUGUUGGAAAUGUGUAUCCUUCAUGCAUGUCUUUUGACCACGCCAUGCCGUAUCUGUGUCCCUUAGGAAAGGGACAACGUGCUUUCCCACUUUCACGGCUGCCGAAGGACCGUUGGUCGGGAGAGGGUUCCGAGUUUAGCCCUUACCUGUGCGGAGUUAUUUGUCUUCAAAAAUACAUUUAUUAAUUUAUU